AUGAAAGAAACAACAGCAAAAGAAAGACACCCUUCGGCCAGCGCGCCCUAUCCACCCCAGAAACUUGCGUCACGAUCCUGCACCGCCUGCUAUCAGCGCAAGGUCCGCUGCGACCGGGCUGUGCCGUGCAGCAACUGUGAAAAGCAUGGCGUUAGCUGCGUGUACCCGACCAGGGCCACGACCGACGCGGAUGGCACUUCCGUGAAGAAGGGCCCGACUCUGCAGAGCAUCGCCAACCGGCUCGGGCGUGUGGAGGUGCUGUUGACGCGGUUGCUGGAACAAACGGGCGAGGCAUCGGCAGAGAGACUGGAUGGCCAGACCGACAGCACAGGGUCGGUUACAAUACCGUUAGGAAGUCGAGUGCUGCCAUCCAUUGCGAAAAGCACCCGAGAGACAUCGCCGCCACGCCCGAUCGAUCCGCCACGCAACGCACUGUCUCCGCGUUCUGAGCAGGCACAGCUGAGCCAGAGACACAGCCAAGGCCAACAGAACCCGCAAGCGCCGUCGACCACGUGGGAAAUCCUCUUGCGUGACGAACUCGACGAACGAGCACUGACCUUUGUUGGCACACCCAGCAUGGGCCAGACGCCACAGAGCGGACAUGUGAAUAAGUCGACAUCGACAUCCAGCACACCGGCCUCGCACUUGCAAGUGACACAGAAGCACACGCCGGCCCCAACACAGCGAGGACUGCAUCACGACCACAAACCGGGAGACAACGCCGACGUACUCGCCCUCUAUCCGCAUGCGCAGCUUGCACUGCAGCUCUGGAGCGUCUAUGUCAAGCACGUCGACCCCGUGCUCAAGAUUUUGCACAUACCGACGCUGCAGUCGACGGUCGUGCAGACGAUCCUUGAUCCGGCAUCGGCGGCCGCAUCGACCUUAGCGUUGACGUUUGCCAUCUACUACGCCGCCGUGACGUCCAUGUGCAGCGCCGAUGACGAUGACAAUGGCGACACCUCCUUACCCCCCGAGGAGAGAAGCGCCCUGCUGUCCCAGUUCAAGACGGCAUUGGACGCGCUCCUCACGGUCCGUCGCGUCAUUGACCAGCCGGACAUUCAAUGCAUACAGGCCUUGGCCAUUUACGCAACCUGUCUGCGGGCGCACGAGGUCGGCCGCAGUGUGUGGAUCCUCAACGGCCUCGCCAUCCGCCUGGCGCAGUCCAUGGGCCUCCACCGCGACGGCAGCCAUCUCAAGCUGAGCCCGUUUGAGACGGAAAUGCGCCUGCGGCUGUGGUGGCACCUGUGCAUCCUCGACUCGCGCGCGCCCGAGGACCAGGGCCUGCAGCCGACGAUUGCCGUCACCAACUGGGAGCUGCGCGUGCCGCGCAACGUCAACGAUGCGCAGCUCUACCCGGCCAUGGUGGCGCUGCCGGCGGCGUCCACGGGGUGGACGGACAUGUCCUUCUUCCUGCUGCAGACGGAAGCCUGCCGGCGGAUGCAUCCGCUGAUGGAGACGCUGGAGCGCCAGUCGGGCCCCACGCCGGGGGUGUCGGCGGAGGAGGGCAAUGGCGAUGGCAAUGGCAAUGGCGAUGGCGGUGUGCACGGCACCCCGUCGGCCCCCAUCGACGUCGCCGACGGCAUCCGCCGCAUCCGCGCGCGCCACGAGUCCAUCCGCGACGCCGGACGGUACAUGCACGUCCAUUUUGGCGUGUCGCCGGACACGGGCCGGCCGACCGACCUGCCGCGCAUCGCCACCACGCACAUGGAGACGGCCUGCAAGAAGAUGGAGUUUGUGCUGCAGCUGCGCGAGGAGAUUCUGCUCAAGCGCUUCGGCGGCACGUCCGAUGUGGACGCGGCAUCGGACGCGUCGCCGCUCGAGACGCAGUCGUUUGCCCUGGCCUGCGAGACGCUCGCGUGCAGCCGCACCCUGCUACGCGACAGCCGCGCCGCGCACUACGGCUGGUUCUUCAACAUGUACACGCAGUGGUAUGCGCUGGCGUACGUGCUGCGCUGCCUCUGUCUCUGCGGCCGCGCCCACGCCCACGCCGCGGCCGAGCACCGCCAGGCGACGGCGUGGGCGCUCGUGGACGAGCUGUUCCCCAGCGGGCUGCGCCUGCACGAACGGCCCGGGCCCGACACGCUCAUCAGCAAUGACAGCGGCGAGGCCAGCAGCAGCGAUGCGUCCACCGGCGGCCACGCAGACGACGGCAGCAUCUGGAGCUACCUGCAUCGGCUUCGCCAGCAAGCCGCGCUCGUGCGCGAGCAGGCCCUCAACGACGACCUCGUCAGCAGACAGAGCGAACAGAGCGCAAAGACGAAUAAUACCUUGGCGGCAUCCUACGUGCCAGUUGCCGGUCUACCGCCUGCGGACGGCGACCUGGCGGAAAUGCAGUUGCCCGCAGCGGAUGCCUCUCUGCCGUCGGCCGGCCUGGUCCAAGACAACAACCAGGAACCGUUUUCGUCGCUGGACCUGUUCAUGGCCGACAUCCAGUUCUUGCCCGACUGGGACACGGUGAUCAACAUGUAG